GUGUGUCCCGGUGUGUGUGAGAGUCAUGCUCUCCACGCCGGCAGGCUGAGGUCGGUUUGCUUUUAUUUAGGUUCCGCUUUGUGUUUUGGAUAUUGCAGAAAAAGACACGAACAUGACAAUGUUGAUAUGUAAGAGAGGCUGCAGGCUUCAGAUGGUCUAGAGGUAAAGGGAGCGCUUGGUUUGUGAUAUAUCAUGUGCCAGAUAAGAGGAGAGUAUCUACCUAAAGGAGAGAAAUAGAGAAGAGGAAAAGAGGAGGGGGGUGAUUUGAUUUUGUUGUAGGAAAUACACACGAUAUGAGGGGAAGCUCAGCGCCAAGGGAGCGCUUGUUUUGUCAUGCAUUAACGCUACCAGCUAAGGGGAGAGCGUUUAGAUGAAGGACUGAGAUGGAGAAGGGACUGAGGAGAGGAGAUGUGGUGGAUAUCUACCAAAGGGAGUUCCUGGCGUUGAGGGAGCGCCUCCAUUCGGCUGAGCAGGAAAACCUGCGGCGCUCCAAAGAGCUGAAUCUGGUCCUGGAGGAGAUCAAGAGGGCCAUCGCCGAGAAACAGGCACUGAGAGACAUCAACCGGACUUGGAGCAGCCUGUCUGAGGAGACAAGGCUGAAGUUAUGGAAUGUGAGCAGCAGUAAAAGUGUCCUGCAGCUGCCCUCCAUCUUCCAUCAUCUUCCUCACCUGCUGAACAGAGAGGACAGUCUGCUGCCCGCCGUGCACGUGGGACAGGGACGCACUGGAGUCUCCAUAGUGAUGGGGGUUCCCAGUGUGAAGAGGGAGGUCCAUUCCUACCUGACCGACACGCUCAGCUCUCUGAUAUCGGAGCUCAGUGCCACCGAGAAGGAGGACUGUGUCAUCGUCGUCCUCAUCGCAGAGGCUGACCAGCAGUAUGCCAGCAGUGUAGCAGACAACCUGAAGCGUCUUUUUCCCACAGAGAUUCAGUCUGGCCUCUUGGAAGUCAUCUCCCCGUCCGUUCACUUCUACCCUGACUUCUCUGGACUCCGAGAGUCCUUUGGAGACCCAAAGGAGAGAGUCAGGUGGAGGACAAAGCAAAACCUGGACUACUGUUUCCUGAUGAUGUACGCUCAGUCCAAAGGAACUUACUACGUCCAGCUAGAGGAUGACAUAGUUGCUCGUCCCAACUAUUUCACCACCAUGAAGAACUUUGCACUGCAGCAGCCAUUGGAGGAGUGGAUGAUCCUAGAGUUUUCUCAGCUUGGCUUCAUCGGAAAGAUGUUUAAGUCUUUGGACCUUUCCCUCAUCGUGGAGUUCAUGCUGAUGUUCUACAAAGACAAACCCAUCGACUGGCUGCUGGACCACAUCAUGUGGGUCAAAGUGUGCAAUCCAGAGAAGGAUGCAAAACACUGUGACAGGCAGAAAGCCAACCUGAGGAUUCGCUUUAAACCGUCACUCUUCCAACAUGUCGGCACUCACUCCUCUCUGGCUGGAAAAAUACAGAAACUGAAGGAUAAGGACUUUGGGAAACAGACCCUCCAUAAGGGUCAUGCCAAUCCGCUGGCGGAGGUGACAACAAGCCUGAAGACCUACCAGCACUUCACCCUGGAGAAAGCCUAUCUGGGGGAGGACUUCUUCUGGGCCUUCACACCUGUAGCCGGUGAUUUCAUACGGAUACGAUUCUUCACACCUGUCCGCAUUGAGAGGUAUUUCUUUCGGAGUGGAAACAUUGAACAUCCAGGAGACAAACUUUUCAACACAUCAGUGGAAGUUCUGCCAUUUGAUAAUAUCCAAGCAGAGAAAGAGGCAUUGACAGACGGGAGAGAAAAAAUGCCGAAGUACCAUCGGACAGAAGACGGAUUCAUCCGAAUAGGAACCUUCCAGAACGGGAUUGCAGAGGGGGAGAUGGACCCCACCUUCGGGCCCCUGGAGGCCAUGCGUCUCUCAGUUUUAACAGACUCACCAGUUUGGGUGAUCAUCAGUGAGAUCUUCAUAAAGAAAGCAGAGUGAUGCUCUUCUCCCCCCUCAGCGAUACCUCAGCACCUCCCAGUGUUCAGCCAAGCUGUCUGGAGGCUCGUCAGCUGCCAUCCUUUUCCAGUCCUGCUCACCAGAUCCCCAUCGCUGUACCACAGUGCUGCCAUCUGGCCGGACCUUGCCACUGCAGGGCUCAACACAUCAGACUAAGAUCGCUGAUGAUAACAGACCGCGUGGGGAAAAACCUGCCUGACACAACACGAAAAUAGAGAAAUUCCUCUCAGAUGAUGUUAUAAUAUGUCUGAUGACUCUGUAUUUAUGUGUACAUACGGUAAGUAGCCUAAAUGUUGAAAAUACUGGCUAUUGCGGAGGCAGCGGCCAGAGCAUCGCACCACUUCUGAUGAUGAAACUGCUGCUUCAAAAGACUCAAAGGCCUCUUUCUGUCUGCAGAUGGUCGGUCCGGAUUGUUCUGCCAACACUGUCCCACCAGUAUACCCCGACAGUAAACAUGUAUGUGCAUAUAAGCACAGAGAUGUACACACUAUCAUAUGAAUGCCCUCUCGGUGUGUUGAUAUGUGUCUGUGGUUGCUGCUUGGGGUUCAUACCUUUCCCUCAAUUGGUGAGCAAUUUGCCUUAAUGAAGACGACAAGCAGAUUCACUUCAAACAGAAAUGAGCCCCAGACUGAAACAUGUAGCCACAACAAAUACCCAGAAUCCUUUGCUGCCACCUCAGACGUUCUCAUGUCUUCGUGGCUUGAAACUACUGACUAUGACAACUUAUAUUUUGCCUUUUUAAAGAAAUCUUUCAAAGUUGCUUUAAGUUAACUGAGGCCUUCUGAUGACUUCUCUGUUCUGCAGUACGGUACCCUAAUGUACUUUACAGUAUAAACAGUACAAUACUGUAAUGUACUAUACUUUCCACUGCUGUGCUCUAUUGUACUUCGCUGUACUGCAGAAUUUCAGUCCAGUGCAAAAAUAGGGAUUCUCAUCAUUUUUUGUUUUUCUUUCCAUUUUCAGUCUCUCAUUGACACCUUUGUUGAUAAAUAGUUCAAAGUUUAAAACUCUUUAAACAGUUUCAUUUUAUUAGCUCUGUAGAGAUGCUGUUUAUUUCCACUGGGACUCAUGUUGACUGCCAUGUCGGAAGUGGGGGGAGGGGGGAAUCAAUGUUAUCUCAAAAUUUUAAUUUGUGCCCUUUUCAUGCCUCUUUUGUUCCCCUACAUGUGGUGCUAUGAUAAAAAUAAUUCCUUCAAAUUCCAUCAGUUAUUUUAUUUUGACCAGCGUUUACAUACACGUUAUACACUUUGGUCUGGCUCUGUUUCCACGCAAGGACAUUUUCGAUAACAACUUUAUGUCAGUCUGUAUUUGUCUCUUUCCUCUUUUUAACAUGAUAAAGUUCCUUUGCACAAAGCAGUUCCAUAAAGAAAGACAAAUGUUGGCUGAAGUUUAAUAGCUUCACAGAAAAACAGCAUUGUAGCAUUCUGCUAAACAACUGUAGAAAAUGGGGUCCUGUUUCAAAAUGUCAAAAAAAAAACAACAGAAAAUAAACAUAGUAGAGGCAUGAGCUUGAAUUCAUGCACCUCUAGAUGAGAUUGUUGGUUACUAUCAUAACCUAGGAUUGUAUAAAUAUAAAUGGUCUAUAUAAAAUAUUCUCAAAUCAAUUUGGGAUCUUGGGGCUUCUGUUUCCUUACACCAGAUGAGCUGUAUGGACCUAUUUUAUGUUUUUCUUGAUAGUUUUUUUUUACCUUUUAAAUCAAGUCCCCACCUUCUUCAGUUGUUUAUCAGGAUGCCGAAACACUGCUCUGCUGCAACGUUCUAGAAAUGUCUUGUGGACUAAUGCUGUAUUCCAUUUGUACUCGUAAGUAGUAACUCGGAGUGACAUCACAUCCAUUAAAGACCGAGUUGGAUGCAUUCUAUUUGCCACAACACGAGACAGUUCAUUUGUAACGUUAUUCAGCUAUUGUUGUUAUAGCAACAUCGACCAGUUACAAACAGAACAAGUUCAUAAACAACGCAUUACAUGGUAUUUCACAAGUAACAAGAUCAGAACUAUAUGCCUUUAGGCAGCAGUGAUACAGUAUUGUAUAUUCAUAAUAAAUUGGGCACAAAAAAGAGAAACAAAAGCAUAAAAUAUGCAAAACCACAGCUUUUAUUAACGAUUGAUGCUCUGGGCGGCCAUCUUGGUUUGCGAAAUCGGUGUCCUCUGAGGUCGAUCGAGUUGACAAGUUGGAAUUCCGACUUGGGGGGCAUUCCGUUAGUCACUUCUGGCUUCCGAAGUCGACAAACAACUUGCAGAUCUACUUAUGAAUACAACUGGAAUGCAGCAUAGGAAACUUCACCCUACAUUCUAUUAGCACGGCGGUGAGGAGAUGAUGACUGAAUUUUGAUUUUUUUUGGGUGAAUUGUUCCUUUAAAAACAUUCACUUUUCAAGUAAGCUUUUAAAUAAACAAAUCCACUGAGUUCUCAGUUAUUCAAGUACUCCAAUAAUUAAUUUAAAGAAGCAAAAUAACUAAUUUGAGAAAACAUAAUUACUAAUUUAAGGGAGUAAUUUACCAAAAUGUUUCUUCCAACACCUCCCAGACUCUGCAGUUCACCUCCUCAUGUUAAAAGUUCAUUCUUACGAGGGUUCAGAAGAAAAACAGACCAAACAGAACUUCAGAUUCUCCAAUUUUAAUUGUCUUCAAGCUUCAGGAAACAUCUUUUCUUUUCUUUGUAAGAUGCACUGGAAUGCAUUGCUAUAAUCCUGUGUUUGUCUUUUGUAUCCUUUAGAUAAACUCUGUUUAAAUGAUCUUAAACUUCUAUUCAAUCUGUGAAUUGUAAUAAAGACAAAAAUUUAAAUUA